AUGGGGCCAGCUGCCUCAGAAAUCUCAACUGAAGCAACUGUUGGCCCCUUAAUCCCUAGAGCAAGCCCCACAAACCGAAUCGAGAUGUCGAGGCAAGAACCUGCUGCUGCUGCUGCUGCUGCUGCUGCUGCACAGGAACUGCGGUGCUGCUACAGCCGCACAGCAAGGCCCUGCAGCAUGAUAAAACGAAGCAAAACAAUUUUCAAAUUAGGCAGAGCAACAGUGGAGGCUGGGGGGCCUUGCAUGCACGCUGCAGCAGCAGCGGCUGCUGCUGCUGCUGCUGCUGCUGCAGCUGCUGCCGACCCCCACCCACAGUAG